UAAGUAAUCGGUAAUCAUUUUAAAAUAUAACAUAUCUAAUUAGGAAAUGUACGUGACGUUGUUUUGUUGUUAACCAAGUGUCAUAAGUUAGGCAACAUUAACAAAUUAAAGCAAAAUUAACUAAUAAUAUUGGUGCAUAUUUGUGAGCUUCCAAGAACGAAAUGAAUUUCUCGCUGGAAAAAAAAGAAAGAGUACGUGCAGCUUGCAAAAAAUGUGGAUAUGCCGGACACCUAACGUUUCAGUGCAGAAACUUCUUAAAAGUUGACCCUAAUAAAGAAAUAUUGCUCGAUGUUGACAGCACCAGUUCGGAUUCUGAAAUCGAUUACUUGACUCCACUGACUGAGCUACGCAUGAAGGAACUCAAGGAGAAAGAAGCUGAAUUGCUUCAACGGAAAGUGGAAAAGAAAAGUAAAAAAUCUAAAAAUAAGAAGUCGAAGAAAAAAAAGAAAAAGAAGAGCUCCAAGUCGAAAAAACACAAAAAGAAGUCUAGCAGUAGUAGUAGUAAUAGUAGUAGCACUGAUACAUCGGAUAGUUCCGAUUCCAGUGAAUCCGACUCGGAUUCUUCUGAUAAUGAAGAAUCCUCAACAAGCGAAUCGGAUGAAUACGGACGAAAGAAAAAGAAACAAGGAAAAUACAAACGUAAAGCUGAGUCUCCUAAAUUGAGACGCAAAAAGGUGAAAGUUAAACGUAAAUCACAUAGAGCUUAUGAGUCGACUACUGAUGAGGACUCAAGUACUGAUUGAAUAAUGAUUGACGAUAUGGUGCAGAUAGAACGUACUGAUUAAUUUAUGGUUGUCACUAUACUUAUGAAAUAAAAACGCUUUAUAUAAAAUUUUAU